UGAACUGUCACCUGUCAAAAAUUUGUAGUAGUAUUUUUGUUCCACGCGAAAAUAGAAAAUACUCCAAAUCCCUGAUGGAACCCGAAAUUAAAAAACCAAAAACCUCCAACGAUGAGGCAAUUCCACCUCCACCAUCAUUCACCGAACCAACAUGUAAACAUUUUGUAAAACGAAAAAAACGUUUCUGCAAAAUGACAGUGGCCAAAGGCAAAGAAUAUUGCGGUGAACAUGAACCACAAUUAGAUGAAGCCACUGUCGAUGGUAAUGAAGAAGUUUCUAACAGUGCCCGUAUCCCUUGUCCAUUGGACAACAAACAUUCUGUUUACAAAAAGAAUCUUAGAAAACAUCUCAAAAUUUGCAAUGCUAGACCAAUGGAAAAUUUUCCUCCUUACAUUGUCCACGGAGUCAAUUGUGGAGAUGAUCCUGAAAGCGAAUUGCUUUCGGAAGAAUGUCCAAAACUUAGUGACGUUCCUCCAAAAGAGUUGAAAGCUAUUAUUGAUAAAGUAAAGGAACUGUAUACAAAGUUCGUUGAUGGUCAAAUUGUUCAAAUGGACCAUAAACACGAAGUUCUCAAAGAAGAACUUGCAAAUGAAGAAUAUGGCUUUGAGACAAGAAAACACUUGAUUCAAGCUUCCGCUUUACUCGGUUGCUUGAAUGAAUGUGGUCUCUUUAAGAAUUCCACGAGUUUUAUCGAAUUCGGAGCUGGUAAAGGACAUUUGUCUUUUUGGUUGGCUCAGGCACUCUCGGGCAAUGAGAGUUCCAAAGUAAUUCUCAUUGAUCGAAUGUCCCAUCGCCACAAAAAAGACAAUAAAAUCGAAGAUCGAAAUAUUGUCCAUAGAAUUCGAGCUGACAUUGCCGAUUUCAAAAUGUCUGGUUUGGAUUUAAUCCAAGAUUCCAAAAGCAUUGUUGCCGUGAGCAAACAUUUAUGUGGCGCUGCCACAGAUUUGACCAUUCGUUGCAUUCUGCAAGAUGAUACAGAAAAAACUGAUGCAAUUUUGAUUGCACUUUGUUGUCAUCAUCGAUGUGAAUGGAAACCAUUUGUUGGGAAGGAAUUUUUCCUUGAGAAUGGUUUGACGAGGAAAGAAUUUGCUUUGAUAACGAAGAUGGCAAGUUGGGCGAUAUGUGGGACUGGAUUUAGUAGGGAAAAGAGGAAGCAGAUUGAUGAGGAAUCUGUUAAUGAGGAUGUUUCUUUAAAUGAUGUUGCCGUGAAGGAAAGGGAAGAAAUUGGUUUGCAAUGCAAACGAGUUCUUGACUAUAGUCGAGUUGAGUACCUGAGGAAAAAUGGGUAUACUACUUCGCUGAGAUCGUAUGUUGAUAAAGAUGUGACGUUGGAAAAUAUUUGUAUUUUAGCUUUAAGAUCGAAAAUGCAAUAAAAAUUUAAAAUUAAUUCUAA